AUGACCAACAACAACGCCCAUCAUCAGCAUAGAAUUGCGAGGUCAUCUAUUGUACCAUUGAUAUGCUUCACCACCAUUUGGAUCAUUUCUUCGGUCGGUCAGGUCGUAUUGGUCAAGUACUUCCAAACUAACUUGCAUCCGCAGCUGCCAUGGCUGCUCGCCGAUCUAGCUGGUGUUGGUUUUGUAUUCGUCAUUCCUAUUUAUAUCAUCUUCUGUAUGAGAAGGGUCAAUGUCGAACGGGGUGAGUCGGGCGGCACUUACGAUAGGAAGGUUGAUGAGAGUGGUUUGCCAGAAAAAGAGGAGAACCCGUCAACAUUGAUGGAUCUGUUCAUGGCGCCAUACAGGACUGGCAGGAUUAAGUGGCAUGUCUUGGGAGGGCUCUUCACUGGCUGCCAGCUGUUGUGCAUCUCGUUCGCUUUGAAGAUGUUGCCGGGCAGUACUUUCACCGUGGUCCGCACAUGUGAGCUGCUCAUCACGUUAGUGACUUCGAUACUCCUAUUGGGAAAGGUCUUCAAUCGCUACCACUACGUAGCGGUAGCGGCUAUGCUGAUCGGUGGUGCUAUAGACUCGUUCGCUACGCAGCAUGACGAGAAGGUCUCUAAGGACAAUGUUCAGGUUUUGGCAGGUGUGCUCAUCACCUUCUUCGGUGUGGCGCUGGCGAGCUCCUCUCAGGCAGUUCUGGUCGAGUGGCUGUAUCGUCACAACAUCAUGAUUAAGAAGCGAUAUGACCAUUUGAUGGAAAUCUCAUUGUAG